AUGUAUACCUCGUAUGAAAUCCACACGCGCACCAACAUCCCCGCCUUCAAGCUGCGGCAUUCCGUUGUGCGCCGCCGAUAUUCCGACUUCGAGUACUUCCGAGACAUUCUGGAGCGGGAGAGUGCCAGAGUCACCAUCCCUCCACUGCCCGGCAAGGUGUUCACCAACCGAUUCUCCGACGACGUGAUUGAACAUCGAAGAGAAGGACUGCAGCGUUUCUUACAGAUUGUUGCGGGACACCCGCUGCUGCAAACGGGGAGUAAAGUCCUCGGUGCAUUCAUACAAGAUCCGAAUUGGGACCGCAAUGCAUGGUGA